AUGAGAGCUUCAAGUUUCUAUGAUUGUUUUUGCUCUCUAGUUUGCCUUACCUUGUGCCUUGAGCAGCUUCAGUUGUUUGCAUUUGCUUCUGCUUCUAUUAAUUCCACUUCUGAAGCAGAGGCUCUUCUCAAAUGGAGAGAAAGCCUUAACCAAACACAGAAUAAUCUCACCUCAUCCUGGACCUAUAAUCCCAGUACUAGUAAUGCCACCAACUCUUCCGGAAACCCAGAAGCAAAUGCAAGCCCUUGCGAUGGUGCUUGGAGUGGUAUUUCAUGCAACAAAGCUGGAAGCGUGACCAACAUAAGCCUUUCCGAUUUUGGUUUACAAGGUACACUGCAUGAAUUCUUGUUCUUCUCCUUCCUUAAUCUUGAAUAUCUGGACCUCAGCUUCAAUAAACUCUUCGAUGUCAUCCCACCUCAGAUCAAUUCCCUCACCAAACUUGUGUAUCUUGAUCUAGGCAAUAAUCAGUUUUCCAGGAGAAUCCCACCAGAAAUCGGUCUUCUAAGAAAUCUAACCUUUCUUAAUCUCCAUGGUAAUAAUCUUUUUGAUACUAUUCCAAAAGAGAUAGGAAACCUGAAAUCUCUCAUGGAGCUAGGAUUGAGCUAUAAUCAUUUCACUGGUUCGAUUCCAAUAUCACUAGGUAAUUUGACAAACCUUACUAUUCUAUAUCUCCAACAUAAUAACCUUUCUGGUUUCAUCCCACCAAAUUUUGCAAACUUCAGAAAGAUUACUGUGUUAUACUUGUGGGACAAUCAACUCUCUGGUUCUAUACCUCCUCAGUUAAGAUACCUGAAGUCUCUAGAAGAUGUAAACUUGAGUAAUAAUCAUCUCAAUGGUUCGAUCCCAGCAUCACUGGGUAACCUCACAAACCUUAAAUGGCUGUAUCUCGGUGUAAACAAUCUAUCUGGGGCAAUUCCUACAGAAAUUGGGAAACUGAUAUCUAUGUUGGGCAUAGAUUUUAGCCGGAAUCAACUGAAUGGUUCCAUUCCCACUUCAUUUGGUGACCUGGCAAACCUUACAAAUCUCUACCUUCGUGAUAACCAACUUUCCGGCUCCAUCCCCCAAGAGAUGGAGAAACUUAAAAAGCUGGCUAUACUGCAUUUGGAUACUAACCAAUUUUCUGGCUAUUUGCCCCAAUAUAUUGGCCAAGGUGGAUCACUCACAAACUUUUCAGUUUCCGACAACCAUUUGAUUGGUCCAAUUCCCAAAAGCUUGAAAACUAGCACAAAGUUAUUCAGAGUCCGACUUGAUGGAAACCAAUUGUCAAGCAAUCUAUCAGAAGACUUUGGAGUCUAUCCAAAUCUUCGAUUUCUAGACCUGAGCAACAAUAACCUGUAUGGGGAAAUCUCAAGUAACUGGGGACAGUGCCCACAAUUGACAACCUUACUAAUUGCAGGAAACAACUUAACUGGCAGUAUACCACCUGAGAUUGGAAAUGCAACCCAAAUGCACGAGCUCGAUCUUUCUUCCAAUGGUUUAGUUGGGAGGAUUCCAGAAGAAAUUGGAAGAUUGACUUCUUUGGUGAAGCUGAAGUUGGAUGGAAAUCAACUUUCAGGUAGCAUACCACCAGAAUUUGGAUCAUUGACCAAUCUUGAAUAUCUUGAUCUAUCCAGAAACACAUUGAACGAAUCAAUUCCAAGCAUUCUGGGUGAUCUGCUCAAACUACACUAG